CCACUCGCAACAAGUCUCGGCAUCCAUAUCCAGUGUUCAACCACGGAACAGUUCUCACGCCAAGAUGACCCUGAGAUGCGCUCUGAUGCGCGCUCUGAUGGCAGCAAGAAAUAACUCAGCGUAUUUCUGCCCCAAUUACCUUCCCACACCACCUUACCGCAGCCCGUCAAGCACGAUAGCCCGUCAAGCAGCUCUUCAACUUCCACUUUUCCAAACCAACCCAAUACCAAACCAAUACCAACCAAAUAACCAACCAACCAUCCUCUACACUAUGGCGAACAACAUCAACUCUACCAGUCGCCCCCAGGCCACCCUCCGUCCGGCAGCUACCCAAGCCUACAUCCCUCCCUCCGAUGCCCCCGUCUACCGUAUCCACGCAUUCCACUCCCGCUGCAACGAGAAAUUCGCCGCUGUCCUCAAUCAGAGCGUCUUGGAUGUCAGUUUCGACGACCUCCGCGAAGAAACACGCCAGAAACUUAUCAAGAGAUCCAUAAAAGAGCUCACACAGGCUCUCCAGGCGAUGCGGGCCCACCGACAGCAGAAAGCAGAGUCGAACAGCGAUGCCCGCUGGGCCGAGCUUGACAAAGAACGAGCUCACCGCGACAAAGUUGGCUGGAUACAAUCCUUCCCAGACAAGGUCGAGCGCCAACAGCUUGAGGAACUGGAACAGCAGCUCAGCCAGCUCCGAUUCGAUGGGGAGAGUAAGGGCCAUCAAGGCAAGAAGAGACGUCUAUGCAGCGACGACGCUUCCAACGACUUCGUCCACGAAUUCCACGCUCUCUCGAACAAGAGGUUCGCUGCUGUCCUUCAGCACAGCUUCGAUGAGGUCAAAUAUGACCUCCCGGAAGACGAUCUCUACGAGGCGGACAGGCAGGAGUGCAUAAUCCAAGCUGUAUUGAAGCUCAAAGACAAGCUUAAGACUUUGGAGACCCGCCCGUUACACUACAUCACCUUACGGCGCCGCACGAAGAAGAAGGACUUCCGCAAGAAGCAGCUUAAAAAGGAGAAUCAGGGGGAUGAUCAGCUGGAGAACCACCCAUUCAUACAGUUGAAAGCCUAAACCGGGACCGGGAGAAUGAAGCCGAGGGCGGAUACCAACAGAAGAGCCAACGCACUGGUUGGGCGUCUGAGGGGACGAUGAGCUUGGGGGGAAAUUCGAGGACUGUGAGCCUGGCUGGAUCGCAGCAGCUCGUUGAAUGAAGGCCGCUCUAGGGGAUUUCUUACUGGCUACUUAGCGGCGUCUUUCAGGAUUGAAUGUAGUGGUACGUGCAUACAAGAGCGUUGGUCGUCAUAGCUGUUCUGAGGGGGUUUUCACCAGCGUGGGCUGGUUUCCCCCUUUUUGGAAACAUGUGGUCUAUAGGUAGCCUCUGCGUGGUCCCUCAUGGGAGCUAGUAUUAGCGUGAGCAUUAUAUCUAUCUAUCGACACA